AGGCAAAUUCUUCGGUGGAACGCCCACACUGCCCAACUCGGCCUUUAGCGCGAGCCCGCGAUAGCUUUCCCGCAAGGACCUGGUCGACGACCCCGCAGGAUUCACCAGUCGCCGCCAUAUUAACCACCAGUACCCUCCUUGUUCUUCCUCGAGGAUCCAAAAACGAAAGCGAAAGUCAACAUCCUUGCAGUCAUGCUCUACCAAAAAGAGGGCUGAGUUGAUAAAUGAUGGCAAAGAAGGUCUGAACAAUAAGGCGUUAAAUUUGGUGGGUGUUUGUGAUGGUGAAGUGAGGCCUGAUGAAUUCAAACAAGGAGAUGAAGAAAGUGAUCUUGUGGGCAUUCCUAUGCCAAUCCCUGGCCAUUCUGAUCAUCAAGGAAGUGUUACAUUUGUUCUUGAGGAGGCGUCAUUAACACUUGCUUAUAUUGGCAAGAGGUACCAGAUACUUUCUUCUGAUGAGCAUGCUGAUUAUUUGCGGAAAAAGAAGUUGAAUCCUUACGACUAUCGGCCUGACAUAGUUCACGAGGUCUCUCUGCUCUUCUGCUCAUUUCUUGUCUGUAUUGUGGACCACUUUGGACUGCUUUGCAUUCUCCAUUUGUGCUGCCUGUAUCUUCAGUGCUCACACUUUUACAAAGUAGAUGGGGAAUAGAGGGGGUAAUUGUGAUGCCGUCAGAAAUGUAACUAGAGAGCGCUUCGCGCUUGCAUAUAUAAGAAAGACAAUUUAGCGGGCAAGUUUGCUUUAUUCCAUCAUGCACUGGUAGUUAUAAACAAAGCAAAAUGUAUUGGUAAUGAGAGUACGGAUGGUCACUAACAUAGCAUUCUUUAUCAAUUGCUAUUGCACUCACUUGUUACCCGUGUGCUUGAAAUGCUCCCACACGUGACACGUUGCAUAGUAAAGGGGGUAGGAUGUA